CAUAUCACAGAGUUAGAUAGCUUUGGUUUUGUCUUAAUUUAAGCUUCGGGCGACUGUGUGCGACUAAACGCCAGCAGGAUCCAGGCAGUGCAAAAUAAACAAACCGUCUGAUCAAACGUUGCUUUUGCUACACAAAUUACAAGCUAGCUUACAGAGCCCCGUGAUUCACCGCCUGAUUUCCACUACUGGUCACUUUGAUUAAUGCUUCCACUUGAAACGGACGUUGUUAGCACUUUAAAAGUGUGCACACGUCUUGAAGGGGAGGGGAUAAAGAAACGAAAAAAAAAAAAAAAAAAAAAAAAAAAAAUUAAUGAUGGCUGCUGCUGCUCCACCCACCAAAUGCAGCCUGAGAGAGGACCUAACAUGUGCCAUAUGCUGUGACCUGUUUCGGGAGCCUGUAAUGCUGUCCUGUAUGCACCACUUUUGCAAAUCUUGCAUAUCCAGGUACUGGAGGGGAUCGCUGAGGACUGUAACCUGCCCACAGUGCCGCAAGGAGUUUAGCUCUAAGCAUUUUCAAACUAACUACCUUGUGGCAGCCAUGGUGGAGAAAGUCCGCUCCACCACCUCAGAUACUCACAUCAAGAACAUAGAGAAACAGCUGCGAGAAACUUUGGAGAGCCACCGCCUGAAGAAGGACGACUUCAUCAAAAGUAUUUGCAAAGACAAAGACAAGAUUAAUACUAUAAAGAGAGUUGGGGCUGAUCUGGAGGCACGUGUUAAAGGCGACUUUAGAGCUCUUCAUCAAAUCCUGGAGGAGGAGGAAACCUGUAUGCUGGAGCAACUGAGAAGGAAGCAAGAGGAGGAGCUGGAGAAAGUCCAGCGCCACUUGGAGGUCUUAGAGUUGGCCAUGAGGGAGCUGGAAAACAAUAUGCAAGUGCUGCAGAGGUUUGGCACAGCCAUGGACGACAUCACACCCACUCAGCUUCCUCAGCUAAGACCAUGUAUGCAAGUGGAUAUUGCUCCAGAUUUUAAUAUAAAUACCUUCAGCAGCAAAUUCUUGGCUCCAUUACAGUACAUCACAUGGAGAAGGAUGUUUAAGUCCCUGAAGCCAGCUCCUUCCCCAUUAACGUUCGACAUCGACACAGCUCACCCGAGCAUUCGUGUCGACAGGGACAAAACCAUCGCAGUCGAAAAUGAAGUAAUGACCCAACAUACAAGCCACAGCAAACGCUUCCUCCAGUGUGUCAACGUCCUGGCUACCCAGAGCUUCCAGUCAGGUCGACACUACUGGGAAGUAGAAGUGGGCUCCAGCCCUAAAUGGGAUCUGGGUGUUGCAUCUGAGGCAGUAGACAGGCACGCUCGGAUCAAGCUGAGCCCGGAAAAUGGCUACUGGACCCUGCGACUGCGUAAUGGAAACGAGUACUGGGCUGGAACGCAGCCAUGGAUGAGGCUACAGCUCCGAUCCUCCCCGCAGAGGGUUGGGGUUUACUUAGAUUGCGAUGAGAGGAAAGUGACCUUCUACGACGCAGAUGAUAUGAGUCUGCUCUGCUCGUUCAGCAACGGGCCGAGGGGCAAAGUGUUCCCUUUCUUCAGCCCAUGCAUUAGUGACAACAGACACAGAACCCACCCUUUAAAACUCAUCCAUUACCCUGCCGUGGCUCUGUCUGACUAGCUGCAGUCAGUCGAUUCUUAAACUGUCCAUUCACAGAUUUACCAAAGGCUAUUAUCAUUCAGCAUUUGCAAAGCGGUGUUGCCAUUAUUUGCAUCAUCUUUUCAUAUAACAAGGAGUUCAUUUGAAGCUGUUUUUAUUUUUUCCAUGGUGUAAUCAUUCUGAAGAGGCUCAUUCAGUAAGCAGCUUAAUUGCAUUGAGGAAAAAACUGUUCCAGUUUAGAUGAAACAAAGUACAUUUGAUGAUUUACUAGUUUUUAAAUAUAUGUAAAUGGUUGAUCUUCUGAAUGAAAAUCUGGAUGAUUAUCCUUCAUCAUGACAGACCAUCUGCAGUCUUUUCUGUAGAAGGUUUUUUUUAACUCACCUUGAAAUGUAAUCAGCGUGAUGGAAAUAAGUGUUUUAUUGUGUAAUUUUUCAUUUGAUUAAAUUGUUCACUUUUUAUACUUGAGUUUCAAAUGAGGCUGUUUUGUCCGUUAGCUUUUAAGCCAAAUGUGAUUUCUGAUGAAGUUACACUUAAUCAUGUUAUGUGCCUUAUUUUAAACACGCAUGUAUAUAUUGUAUCUUUGAUCUUUGCAGUCUGUCUUUGCAUGUAGUAGUUAUAUACAAACUGUAAAUCCAUUCUCAGUCAUAUCCUGGUUAAUAAGCCAUGUAUUGUAAAACCCACUGAUGCAAAUAAUAAAUCACUUUUUCUUCUUCUGUUUUUUUU